CGCAUGCGUGGGGACUACGUGAGGUCAUAUGGUGAGGUCAAGCAGUCGACAGACUUUUCUUAAACAAAUCAAGUCUGCAAAUAUUACUUUAAUAGUAUUGGUAUCCACUCGAAACAGGGGUUCUUUAAAUUACAUGAAUGAUAAUGCGUCGUGUGAUACUUUUGGUACUUCAAAAAGCCAUUACUGGUGUUUCGAGAAAGACGAACAGCCAAUUAUGGUUCAAGUUUAGUGUCUGGCGGCGCUUUCACUUUCAGUCUCGGUUAAAAACAUCGCAUAUUUCACGUGGUUUUAUAACAACUGCAUUAUUAUCUAGUCGCCAUUUAAGGAAAUCGGACAGUCAGUUUUGCCGAAAUAUUUCAUUUGUCUGUGCUGCCCUUGGAUGUACGAUACACACCAACGAAGCCAAUAAAACAGGGAAUUUAAAAAGUGAUGAAGAUGAUGAUGAAGAUGAUGGGAAUAUGGACAGGAUUUCCAAUGCUGGAAGACUAAAUAAAUUAACAGUGGCACCACCUCCUGGUCUUCCUGACAGACUAGUCGUCCUUCAGGCAGAGGAUGGUAGUUUGGUCUAUUUAGUGGGCACUUGGCAUUUUACUAAAGAGAGUAUUGAUGAUGUGGUCAAGACAAUACAAGCUGUUCAACCAGAUAAAGUGGUGGUUGAGCUAUGCACUGACGCCUUGAAGUUGAGAUUUGGCAAAGUGCAAAUAUUUAAGCAAAAUGAAAUGAAAGUAGCAAUCGCAGAGGCACGAAAAGUUCCUGGUACUUGUGAGGUUUGUUUAGGUGACCUUCCUCUUCACAUCAUAAGGAACCAUUUCAGAGCUGCAGUUGAAGAACUGAGUACAUGGGACAUAUUCCUGUUUUAUCUUGCCACACGCACCAUUGUCAAAAAACUAUAUAGUACUAAAAAGAGUCAUGUUGACAGGCAAAAAACUUGGAAUGCCUUGGUGGAAGAACAGCAGAUAUGGAGAGAAAGAUUUCCAGGUGGUUACAAAGUUAUAAUGGAAGAGCGUGAUGUAUAUCUUACUCACAGCCUAAAGAUGGCAGCACAAGCCUUGCCACAUCCAAAAGAGACAGGACGAAUGAAGCCAGCAGUAGUUGUGGGAGUUGUUGGCCUGGGGCAUUUACCAGGGAUUGUAGACAACUGGAACAAGGAGCUUGACCCUGAAGCAGUGACCAAGACAUAUCUAAUUUCUGACAGGUUAAGGAAUAUAAAAUGCGUUGCCCUUCUUGUCAAGAUGACAUUCAUUGGGACGUUUGUCUAUGUGAGCUACAAGGUGACACAUUCUUUGUUUGGAGCCAAGAGGCUUGUUGUGUUCCUGUCUCUAUUGGGCUUGGGUUAUUAUGGCACAAAGGAAGUACUUGGAGAGUACUGGCUUUCAAGGAAGCAUUAGAAUGAUGCUGGACUAGCUGUGGCAUAAAUUUAGAAAUGGCUGAUCCAAGAAUUCUAGUUAACGGGAAGCUGGUGACUAUUACCGCUGGAAAUUCGAGCAAUUCAGUAUACCAAACAUUUUAAAAAAGAACUCAAAACAUACCUUUUUAGGAAAUAUUUUGAUUAAC